GCCAAGGGCGACAAAUGCACGCAGGGAAGUCAGACAAUGCUUGACUUGACGAUGGAAAUUUGCCACUAAUUGGAGUUUAGUUCGUUUAUAUUGAUUGGUCCCCCCCCCCCCACUCCAAAGAAAUGGCACCAAAGGCUGCUAAAAAGGACAAGGCUAAGAAAGCCCCCGCCACUCAGGGCCCGGAUACCCAGACUUGGGAGAGUGGUCUGGCUAAUGCACAGUUUGAAGAGGAGCAAUGGCAUGCCUGUGUGUGUUUAGUGGUUGGAAAAAGUCCAGAUGACGAGGACCUGAUGCCCAUUCUGACUCGGGCUGUGCAGCAACCACAACGCAAACUUUUUAGCUCACUGACGUGGGAACACACAGAGGCCAAGAUUGGUGAAUAUGGGAAUCCCAAAGCUAAGAAACGUGAAAGUUUCCCUCAGUUCUAUGAGGUCACAGGGCCUGCAAAGGAGCUGCUAGAUGCAAAAGAGGAGAUCCCUGCAGAGCUGAUGUCACAAAUAGUCAAGUUUAUGCUGCUGCAGAUCAAAGAUGGCGACCACCAGAGGAGAAAAGCAGAGCAAUCUGAGGAGACAUCUGCAUCCACCAAGGAAAAAGCAGGCCCCAAAGGCAAAGACAAAAAGUUAAAAGAGGAGCCACCCGCCAAACCGAAAACAAAGCUUAAACGCAGGGAUGAUGUCGAGCCGCCUAAGUACAUAGACGAUGAGCCAGAUGACGGCCCUCAACACUACAUCUUGCUACUGGGCUUUCAUCAGCCUGACCUGGUGGGGACAUUGGAUGCUGCAGGUGUACACGUGUCCAACGUCAUCAUGUUGAGUGCCACGCACCACGCACCGUGUGACGAGGAGCAGCAGGAGGAAGAGCAAGAGACCUCUGAGGCCGAUACCAAAUCGGAUGACGCUGCUGCUAGAGAGAAGUGGGCUGCUCAGGCCAAGGUGCUGGACAACUUCUGGUCUGGUUUGAGACAAGUGUUAGACAACGGUGGAGCAAACUCUCGACUGCACAAUGUGGCUCAGCUGGAGUACACGGUCCCAGAUAUCCUGAUGACCAUUGACAUGCAGGAUCCUGAGGCUGUGAUGGGGUUAGCGACAGAAAUGUUCGAGGGUGUGGCCAAUCUCAUUUACGACUGUCUGGACUGGCGCAGGCAGCACCAGCACUACAUAGAUGCCACCCACUUCAUAGCUGUGCCCUCUGUGAUCACGGUGGACCACUCUCAACCUCCAGAGCCUCCACCAGUUGUAUUGCCACAGUCCAAGAAGUCAGGGCGCCCGCCACCUCCAAAAAAGGUACAGCUGCCUCUCACCACUGACGUGGACAUGCAUCACUACAACAGCCUCCUGGACCACGUGCCAGCUGAGGCCUGCUCGGUGCCGCUGAUUUUACACUGCAUGCUGGAGCAGGUCGUGCUUAUUGUGUUGUCGAGUGAGCAGCCUCCUCAGCCACAAGUGUCUGAGUCACAGCCUCAGAAUGUUCCCCCUCUGGACCAUCAGCUGGUAGGUCAAAUGCUCCACAGCGUCCUGCCUGUGGUCCAAGCAUAUGAAAGGAGACACUUGCUGCAUAGUUUGUUGAGCACGGUAAACAGCGAAGAGGACAAAGAGAUGAUUAAGGAGCAGUUUGAAGAGACUCCCAAGAAAUUUGAGCACCCUGUUAUCAUCAGACACCAUGAUGAAAGAGCACUGCGCUUAAUUGGUGUAAACGGGAUUCAGGGUUUUGAUCCAGGCCAGGUGGAGGCAUCCAUGAUGAGAUGGUCACCAGUAUGGAAGCUGAUUGCCUCGGUGGCUCAGCGGCACACGAGCUCCUGCUGGAGGGCCAUCAAGCAACAACUCCAGCACCAAUGCACUGACGAUGAGGUGUCAUGGCCACAGGUGGAGCGCUUCAUUCACCAAAGUGUGUUUGAGAGCAUGCAGCUCACCGCGGUGGAUGAAGACGGUGUACUGGGUAAAGAUUCCAGAGUUCUGGGCAUGGUGGAAUCAGUAAAAAAACACCCCAUAAUCCCAUGGGACAACCCGCUGUCUUUUGCCAAGAAGAACCUGCGCAAGAAACGUCCAAAGUUUGUAGAAGACACUGCUACCACAGAGCUCAACGAGCGACAAGUGGAUCAGCUGUCCCUAGCAGACAUUCAGAGUUGUCGACAAAGGUCUCUCUUGAACUGGCACUAUGUGGAACACUAUGACGCUGCCAUCUUACCUCAGGUUCUCCAGUCAGCCGCCCAACAAUAUCGCUGUCUGGACACCCUCCGAGGAAGUCAUAAUAGUGUCAUGUACAUUUUCUGCCACAAUCCCAUAAAUCCUAAUCGCUUGUGCAAUGAAUUCUGGGAUGUAGACCUGCACACAGAUGUCAAGUUCAGGAUGUAUUUGGAGCACGUAGCAGACAACAUCACAGAGUGGAUUGAGAAAGAGGAGCUGAAGAGACAACGACAACAGAGCAGUCAUGUGAACCGUGCAGAGGCUCCACGAGACUCGUUAGAAGAUGAAGAUGAAUCAAAGGAGCCAUUCAUCACAAAAGACUCCCUUAAAGCUUCCUUGUUGGAGGAGGAGAGGCUAAAGGAAGAGGAAGCCAAGAAAACUAAGAAGUCAGGGAAGGCAGCAACAUCUAAGGGAAAGCAGCAGAUGGAUGAACAGAAGUCUGUGGAGUCCAAGAAAAGUGACAAAUCUACGGCAGCUGGAGGGAAGAGCAACAGCAGCUCAGCCCUGACUUCAGACCAGUCCCUUUCCGGUAAAGUGGAUGACAAAGAAGAGCCCAGCACUGGAUUCACAGGCUUCCAGAUGGAUGGAAUGUUGAUCCAUUUGUCAGGCCGUCUCCAGUACCUCUUCCCAUCAGAUGGAGGUCACGUUACUGUGGAGACCAUCAACUACAUGGCAGGAUCCAGCAUGCUGAAAGUGGCUGUGAGGAAGGAUGGUCAUCAUUUCUACACACACAUCAGCCAUGUUGUCCACGCAGCAAGAACUGACAUUAAGGAACAUAUGAAGAUGACUACAGUGAAGAGGCGCUCCUUUUCGGCCCUGCUGGAUAACGGCGUCCAGCUCUCCUACAGUUUCUAUGGGCCAACGGGAGAAUACAAAGAGAGUCACAUGGAAACCGAAAGAGGGCCACAAAAGUCCACAGAACCAAAACCAGGUUUAAAUUCUUCCACAGCAGACACCCCAAAGAGUGACAACGGCCCUGCAGAGGUAAGUGAAGGCCAAGCACAAGAGUCCUCAAGUCCAUUCAGGAGCCUCAACCUGUCCCUCCCGAGCGGGCUAUUGCUGCAGUUCAUGCGUGACGAAGAGGAGCAGAGUAUGCUGGUACGACUGAGUUUUCACACUCAGGCUCACCAGCACCCCUCCCUCUCCAAAGAGGCAUCCCGCACAAUCACCAGCCAUGGAGCUGUGAUCCGAUACAUGAAGGACGGCUCCUCAGAGGUACUCUUUGCAGAUGGUUCAGUCAGCACCAGCUCGGAUUCUGGUCCAGUGUGGGUGAAAGAAAUUGAUCGCACCUCCACGGAUGUGCAUCUAGAGCAAAAUUCAGAGGAGACUCCUCCUCCUCCUCCUCCUCCUCCUCCUCAAGGAUUUUGGACAACUACGACUCCCUCUGGUGUUCGAAUCAGUACUAUUGGUACCACACACGAACAUAACCCAACGACCGCUCUUCUAACCUACAAGACGUCAGACCCAGUCACUCAAGAUAUGAUGCUGAGCCGGGAAGAUCUGGUGGUUUCAGUGCAGAAGCCAGAUGGAUCUUUAAAGGUUGAACAUGCAGAUGGAACCAGGAUCACCACGCUCUACCAUGACAGGUCACCAAGCAUGCAAGAUGACAAGGAGCUUGCUGGUGAGACUGCAGCAGGGAGCCCUGAAACACCCAAAGAGACCAAAGAGAAGGUGGUGUUGGUGGAGAAUGAGGCAUGCGCCACCGUGGUGAUGUACCCUGAACGACACAUGGCUGAAAUCUGGUUGGUGGAUGGGACCAUCGUCACUGGGAAUAACAAGGGAGCCUAUCAGAUUGUCCCAUCCAGCAUUGGGCUUCUGCAGAUCCAAAGUCACGGCAAGUUUGUUUACACCAGCGGGCCUCCUCAGGAUGCCUCCCCUUCUUACAUUAUGAGCCACACAGACCCAGUGACCUGUGGCGUAACGGACCUGGAUGGAAACCACUUCCAGGUGUUGGAAGAUGGCCAGGUAACAGUGCAUAAUAUUGGCCCACCUCCAUGCAUGCUGCAGGAGGAGGAGGAGGAGGAUGAAGAGGGGAAGGACAACACAGAGAUGUCUAUGAGUCAUGUGAAGGACAGAGGACAUUAUCCCAGGCUCUUCCUGGUGCAUGAUGAUGGUUCUGGUUUUGAACUUCUGAGUUCUCAAACUGUGGCGGAGGUGCUGUACCAGGCCCACUUAGAUCCCACUGUGGCUCUGUUGAAGGACCUGCUACCAGACACACAAGAUGAAUUUGGCAUCACCAUCUUGAAGCCCAGCCAUGAGAGUGUGCGGUCCAAAUGGGUGCAAGGAAGGCAGAACCUUGACGUCAUGCCUCAGAACCUCAGCAACCGCGGUUUGCACGACUUCCCCUGUGUCGAGAAGAGGUCAAGCUCUUCAUUUGAGACCACUACAGUACAAAACCGGGUUGGUUGUUCUGCCGUAUCCACUGUAGACGUGCAGAACUGCCCUAAGGUCCUGGAAAUUAGGGAACUUUACCAGCACAGAGCCAUCACCAGGAGGCUUAAGAAUAUUGUCGAUAUGCGACUAAAGGAGUACAUUGACAGUUUGAUGGGGAAGGCACAGUGGUCAGCAGAUGUGAUGCUCAAGGAGCCUCGCACUGAAGAGGAGCGUGUCCAUGCAGGUGUUCUACUCACUCAGUCUCUGACAGAGGAAAAGGAUGAAUGCUGCACCUUUGAGAGCAGGACCCCAGGGGACUUUGGCAGCCUGUACAGCCAAGCCAUGCAACCUCCAGAUGAGGUGUUGGAUGUUUCUGAAGAUCCUGCUGUUGUACCCAGCGUCAGCUGUGAGGUGAAAGAGUCAAAGUGGAUAGAUAGACUGGAGCAGUACAGACAGGAGCUUUUUGAGGUAAAAGCUUGCAUAGAUGCCCUGAGGAAGAGGAUUGUUGUGCCGUACUUCGACCCAGAAAACAUCUCAGUACACCAGAAUCUUCUCCACCAUGCAAGUCCAGACAUUUGGAGGCCAAGCUUAGAAGUACCAACCUUUCCCGGGCCAGAUGAUACAGAGGAGGCCCACCACUUGGACAUGCGACAAGACUACACGGCAUGGCCGUCCAUCCCAACACCUACUCAUUCUGCCAGUCAGGCAGCAGUGAGGAGAAGGACACCUGGGGUGAGACCUCCAACUGCAGGUCAAAGCAGUUGGAUGGACUUCUAUGGCCCACUUAGAUCAGCCCAGGUGGAUGUGAGCAGGGAGCCCAGGCAGAUGACCGUUAGACUGCCGUCAUCGAUUGUCAGCUCCAAACCCUACAGUGUCCCAAAUUAUCACUUCCGCUCUGUGGAGGAUCCAGUGCGGCGCAGGUGUCGUACCAUUUCGCUGGCUGACCCGGGUGCCGUCAUUAGGGGCUUUGAGCUCCGCCCGUCAAGCAUUGACUUUGGAACACAGAAGGAGGGUACAUCCUCUGCCAUCACUGUGGUGAUGAAGAAUGUGGGCGUGGACACCUGCCGGUUCCAUGUCAAACAGCCGCCAAUCUCUUCGGGCCUGCGUGUCAAAUACCAUCCAGGACCUGUGCCUGCAGGUUUGCACGUUGAACUGCAGAUUGAGCUCUUUGCUAUGUGUCAAGUCCACGAAGGCUACAUGGACUCCAGCAAUUACAUCUUCCAGGACAUUGUCAUCCGCACAGAGACUGACAUCCUCUAUCUGCCAGUCAUGGCCAUCAUCCUACCUGACAACUUGUAUGACAUGUGGCUAAAGGAUCAGUCCGGUACACGCAGCAAGAAACACUGCAGGGCGCCCAAACAGUCUUCCAGCCUUCCAGCAGGUCAGCAGCUUGGACAGAAUUCACCCAGUGCACCAGGGGCCUGUGCUGCAGCACACACAGGACACCAUAAACGCAUCGCUAGUCUGUGAAGAACACAUCAAUCCACUGAAAGAUGACAUCUGAGUUAAG